UGACGUCCUGACUCUUCAGUCAGGAGCUGCAACUUUCCAGCGGAGCACGCGUCUCGCGCCUGGACCUCCUCACGCCUCGCGGGGAAUUUCUUUCUUUCUUUUUUCUUUAACCCUCGAGAUGUUGACUGCGCUCGUGCGACGACAGCGUCCACUCUCCACGCUCUCGCGCACAGUGUUGAAUUAGAGAAGCAUUUUCUACAUUCUGUAAUUUCCUCACAACUCCGGGCCCCACACACACUCACACACACAGACGCACGCGGCGCGCUCAGGUACGGACGACCCCUGCACCCCACCCUGAACGCAACACGCCGCCGCCGGAUUUUCUACUAUUAUUGAUCUCAAGUUGGACCGGCAGUGAUCGAUCUGUUGGAAUUGGCUGUUCUGAGGUUUGGAUCAGAACUUGUGUUCUGAGAAGGAUCCGGUAUAGAGGAAGUUAGACCCCUGUGUGGGUGCUACUGGAGGCUGGUCCGCCAUGCAGCUGGACGGUCUGUGGACGCUCCACGCCCUCCUGGCGAUUGCCAGCGUGGCUCUGGGGAAUCAAAUCAGCACUGACCCUCUCGCUGCACCCCGAGUCUUCAUCUCCUUCAAAGAGCUGAGAUCUACCGGUACCGCUCAUCACUUCGCCUACCUGCUCAACACAUCUGACUACCGCAUCCUUCGCAUGGACGAGGACCACGAUCGCAUGUAUGUUGGCAGCAAGGACCACAUCCUGUCCCUGGACCUCCAUGACAUCAACAGGAGCCCCCACAUUAUCCACUGGCCGGUGUCCGAACGGAGAAGGAUGGAAUGCCUUGUGAGUGGGAAAGAUGCCAAUGAGGAGUGUGCAAACUUCAUCCGUCUGAUCGAGCCGUGGAACAGAACCCAACUGUAUGUCUGUGGAACUGGAGCUUACAAUCCAGUCUGCACCUUUGUCAACCGCGGACGCAGACCUCAGACGUCCAUGUAUCUUCAGAUGGCCAGAGGAAGGGCUAGCCGCGCGGCUGAACCCAGUGCGGUGCACGAGACACUUGGAUUGAAGGAAGAUAUAUUCCAUUUGGAACCAGGCAAAGUGGAAUCUGGGAAGGGAAAGUGCUCCUAUGACCCGAAGCUCAACAGCGUGUCGGCUUUGAUCAAUGGUGAACUGUAUGCUGGGGUCUAUGUUGACUUCAUGGGAACAGACUCGGCCAUUUUCCGAACUUUAGGGACAAAGACUGCCAUGCGAACCGAUCAGUACAACUCCAGAUGGCUGAACGACCCCACGUUCGUCCAUGUGCACCUCAUCCCCGACAGCUCAGAGAGAAAUGAUGACAAGCUGUAUUUCUUCUUCCGGGAGAAGUCCUCAGAGAUGGGCCAAAGUCCUGUGACCCAGUCCCGUAUUGGACGCAUCUGCCUGAACGAUGACGGAGGCCACUGCUGUCUGGUGAACAAGUGGAGCACCUUCCUGAAGGCCAGGCUCAUCUGCUCGGUGCCCGGGGCCGACGGCAUGGAGACGCACUUUGACGAGCUCCGAGAUGUUUACAUUCAGCCAAGUCAGGAUAUAAAAAAUCCUGUCAUAUAUGGCGUUUUCUCCGUCUCUGGAUCUGUGUUUAAAGGCUCAGCGGUGUGUGUGUACUCGAUGGCUGACAUCCGCAUGGUCUUCAAUGGACCUUUUGCCCACAAAGAGGGUCCCAACUACCAGUGGGUGGCCUACACUGGGAAGAUCCCCUACCCUCGACCCGGCACGUGCCCUGGAGGUACCUUCACCCCCAACAUGAAGUCCACAAAGGACUAUCCAGAUGAAGUAAUUAACUUCAUGAGGAAUCACCCUGCCAUGCACAAUGCAGUGUAUCCAGUACACAAGCGCCCCCUGGUGGUUCGGACAAACGUGGACUAUGAGUUCACCGCCAUCUCAGUGGACCAGGUGACUGCUGCAGACGGCAACUAUGAGGUGCUCUUCUUAGGAACUGACAAGGGCUCUGUUCAGAAAGUGAUCGUGCUGCCCAAAGACGACCUGCAGACUGAGGAGCUGGUCCUGGAGGAGGUGGAGGUUUUCAAGGUCCCCACUCCUAUAACAACGAUGAAGAUCUCCUCCAAAAGGCAACAGCUAUAUGUGUCGUCUGCAGUGGGGCUGACGCAGUUGGCUCUGCACCGCUGUGACAUGUACGGCGAGGCCUGCGCCGACUGCUGCCUGGCCAGAGAUCCUUACUGUGCCUGGGACGGCAAGUCCUGCUCCCGGUACUCAUCCUCACAGAAGAGGCAACACUGGUCUGACCCCUUUAGACGUAGCCGGAGGCAGGACGUUAAGUACGGGAACCCCAUCCGACAGUGCAGAGGCUUCAACUCCAACGCCAAUAAGAACACUCUGGAGAUGGUGCAGUAUGGGGUGGAGGGAAGCAGCACCUUCCUGGAGUGUCAGGCCCGAUCUCCACAUGCUGUCGUCAAAUGGCAUCUGCAAAGAGACAACAGCGACCGCAGGAAAGAGGUGCGCACUGAUGGGAGGAUUUUAAAGGCAGAGCAGGGUCUGCUGUUGCGGUCUCUGCAGCCUUCAGACUCGGGCAUGUAUCAGUGCACGGCCACGGAGAAGAACUUCAAACACACGCUGGUCAAGCUGCAGCUGGUGGUGCUGUCGGGCCGAGCCGUCAACAACGCCUUGGUGGAUGGUGGUGGAGGAGGGCUGGUGCCGUCGUCUCUGCACGCCAGCGGCACCCAGUGGACCCCCAGCGCAGGACAGUACAAGGACUUGCUGACCAUCCUGAGCCAGCCAGAGAUGAGCCUGAUCAAUCAGUACUGCCAGGACUACUGGCAGUUCGGAGAUCCUCUGCUGGGGGCCCUCAAGGGCAAAGACCUGAAGGAGCUCAAGGAGCAGAAGAAGCCUCGAAACCGCCGGCAUCACGGGGACAGAGAGGAGGAAGACGAGCAGAUGGGAGCAGAGACAUGAGGAGGUUCAACCUCAAAUCAUCCCCACGAAAACUGGGAGAGACUUGAUGAGAGUAGGAACAUAAAAAAACAAGAUAUGAAUAAAAAGUAAAAAAAAAUAAAAUCCAAAACCCAGAAAAAGAGAACUGUGAGAAAAAAGCUUACAAACAAAAUUCCACAUAAAACCCCUCAAACAGCAAAAUAUAUGAAACACAGUAUUUAUUGUAGGUUGUAUAUAGUAUCAUUCUGUGGAUUUCUUUGUACUCAUAGAAAAAAGAAAACAAGCUUUUUGUGUAUAAGUACUUUUGGGGCAAAUAUUGCUGUUGUUAAAUUUAUUGUUGCUGUUAACGUUAUGUCAGCAUCAUGUGAAAUGUUUGGGAUGUGUUGUGAGGCAUGUAAGCUGGAAGAAGUGAGCUACGAGAAGCCUUCUGUACCAGGGUGAUGGGAUCUUCAUUCGUUUUCUUCUGUUCUUUUGCCUGGACGACAGACCUGGAGGACAGACUCGUAAACACUGCCGGAGCACCUGUGCUGCAACCGCCUCAUGGCUGCAGACAGAGUUUGUGUUGCAAAAGGACCAUUUGACAAAAUGGUCUCAGUUAUUGUGGCAAAACAGCCCUUUCUUCGUGGAAAACCUUGUUUUUUGACAUCCAUGCUGAUUGGAGAACUUAUUAUAAAACGGUCACUUCAUGCCAGCCCAGACAUUAAUAACAAUCAGUGAGAAAUGAGAAAUUCUCAAACUGCUCCCCGUCAUUAACCUGCAGCAUCUUCUGGCCUUUAGCCCAAACUAAAAAGCACAACUUAACAGUAAUUUAGGAUCAAAGCAAGCGUCGACUCUAUAAAGAAAUAAAGCCGUUGGUUCACUUUGAAAUGAGACUGAGGUGCAGCAGUGGUCAAGGAUUUGCACACAAGGGCAUUAUUCUUUUGUUUUCAAGGGGUCAUUGGCAGGGGCCCAAAGCAACAAGCAAGCUUGGACAAGGUUCUAGUGGAUUUCUGUGAAACAAAACCAAUUUACAGUGAAAGAGUUGUUUGCAGUCUGACCACACAUGAUGCAUAUGUUUUUAUUUCCUGUUGGACUUUCAUGUGAGGGAAAGAGAAAAAAAAGCCCACAUUUACAACAGCAUUGUAAGAAUACCGUGGCACUAACCAAAAUAUUGAGUAUCAGGAAGCUGGCUUUCAUUGUGUGCAUGAAUCUGUAUUUGUACUGUUAAUCUAAUAGUGCGUGGUAGUUUUUAUUUCUCCUGUUUUUCAUCUCUGUGGAUGUACAGUAUGAUCUGAUGUACUUUCUUAUUACAGAGAAAACAAAUGCUUUAAAACGCUGUCAUUUGGAAUAUCUCCUGUAUAAAGCAUGAUGCAUCUUUUCAUUGACAUAAAUCUAGAUUUGUGUCAAAGUAAAAAGUGAAAUUAUUUUGCUUUUGUGUUCGGAUCGGAGAGAAUGUCUGUAGGGCUGCUCUAAUUGGGAUUUUUUUUUACUCCCUUUUUAGUAAACCAAGCUAAUAGCAGAGUCACACAAAGUAAAAUUAACUUUAUUAAAACAAAUGUAAGGAUGUGUGACAGAAAGCAAACCUGAUUUCCUUUCAUCUAACUUUCAAGUGAAGGGGCUUUAAAUGCACCAGAAUCGACCUCUGUGAAGAUGCAUCUAUAUUUCAUGCAGGGGUGUUUGCAUCUGCUGCUCCGUAUGGAAUUUCUCUGCAUUCCCACAUUCAAACAAGUCUGUUAAUGGUCUUGUUCAAAGAGACAAGGAGCAAAAAAAAAAAAAGCACAGAAAGGUUGUAAAAUUUAUUUUUUAAAAAAGCGUGUCAGUUAAAUGUUUUGUACUUUUCUUUUCGUUAAAAAAUGCACAGCGGUGAUGCUAUUGUAAUGACUUGUGUAAAUUACUUCAUCUUCCCUUUCCAUUGUUGUUGCUAACUAAAAAAUUAAAGCUCUAUAUUUUAUAAGAA